UGGCCGAGAAGUAGGGGGCUUCUGGGCGGUGAGUGCGGCUGCCGCUUGGUCUAGGCGGCGGUGGGCGGAGUCGGGGUCCCACGUGCGUCCCCGCCGCCGGGGCAUGGGGAGGCGACCCCGCUUCCUGAGCCCCGCCUUUGCCCCGCCCCCUCUUCUGUCCUCCGGACACCCCCUUCUCCAGCCUCUGCGCAGCGGUCCGUCUUCCCGAGUGCGGAGGGGCUGGAGGGGGACCCCGCUGGCCCGGCCCUUCAACCCCGGGGGAAAGCGGACCCUCGGGCUGCAUGAGACCAGGUAGGACCUGUCCCCCAGUACCUGCAGUGAGGGGUCACCAAUGCUGAGGCGGGAGCUGGGGGCUGUGCUCGGCCCUGGAGAAAAUGCAGACCUGGAGCAGCUUCGGCUGCUCAAUAUGGAGCUGCUGAAGCAGCUGUGGGUCGGGCAGGAAGCCGUGGAGCGCUCGGUGGCCAAGGCCUUCGAGAAGUCAGGCCUGGACUCUUCCAGAAGUUACAGCUCAGAGACACCAGUGUAUCCAGAUAAUUCCUCAGCCUGCCCCAGCACCUCCAGCUCACAGGACAGAGGGCAAGAGGAGGAUGCCAAGGACACCCCUGGAGGUGACCCCCAUCAUGGGGCCUGGCUUGGCAGGGCCGGCUCCAGGGUGGCCUCUCUCCCACCUGCCAAGUGCCCGGAGACUCUGGGCAUCCUGAGGUCGCGCCCAGCUUCCUUGCCUGUCCCCAGGGAACCAAAGGAGCCCCCUCAGGCACGGACCCCAAGGCCCAGACGGAACAAGCUGUUCAAGCCCACAGUGACCUUCAGCCAGGAGACCGAAGUGCCUGAGAGAAGCUGGCGCUUCCGGCCAUACCUGGGCUAUGACUGGAUUGCAGGGUCUCUGGACAGCACCGCCUCCAUCACCAGUGAGCCCGAGGCUUUCUUCUCCAGGCUGCAGAAGUUCCGGGAAGCCAACAAGGAGGAGUGUAUUUACACCGAAGGGCAGCUCCGAGGCCUGCAUGGGGACGGGGACAGCAUGGCGGACGACCACCACUGUGUGUACUGCUACCGCCUCAACCGGCGCCUGUUCCCGGUGCCCGUGGACCCCGGUGCCCCCUGCCGCCUGUGUGGGACACCCCGGGACCAACAGGGCGCCGAGACCCUGCUAGAGCCAGCCCAGGUCAGGGUGAGCGUCCCCCUGUCCAUCCUGGAUCCCCCGCACCAGUACCGCAUCCACCGGCGGAAAAGCUUCGACUCGUCCGACACGCUGGCCCUGCCCCGGCAUUGUCUGCUGGGCUGGGACUCCCACCCUCCCAGGUCGGAGAAAAGUUCCGCUCCGAAGAGCCUGGAUCUCUGGUCAUCCGUCUCCCAGGCCCAGCAUGGGACGCAGCCAGCCACCACCCCUUCCUACCUGACCCUGCGAGUGCCAGCCUCCACGCCCAUCUGGUCAGAGCCCUAGGUACCCGGCCACCCGGAGGAGGCGGGCACGCCCACCAGCGCCCAGCCCCACCCGCCCCUCGGCGGGCCGCGCUCUGCCCGCCUGC